AUGGGCUCUUAUAAGGCUCCGGGUCUGUUUCAGGAUCGUCUCGAUGCUUGCAGAGAUGUAAUAAGAGGUUCUGCCAUGCUUCGCGAAUUACGCGAGGCAUUGGCUCCAUAUGCUGACUCAAUUGACAAAAUACGAUGCCUGGCACUAGGCAGUUUCCAUGAGGAUGUUCCUGCUCGCUACCAACUGGCGUUGCUUUUGGAGAUAGAGAGCUUCCUUCGGGAUGAAGGUAAGAAGACUAUAUCGGUUUCUCUCUAUGAUCCGGUCUUUACUGCAGAUGAUAUCGAGUACAUACACCAGAGAGGUCCUAACUAUACGGUGGAUCAAUCGCCUCCUAACGGGUUCCAAGACGCAAAUUCAAAGCAAAUCCUGUAUUUUCUUCCCCAUGCUCCUCUGGAUCUGACCGAGCAAGUCCUCAUUGCAGAACAACCAAGGCUGCUGUUAGCGAACAAUAUCGUGGAACAUACUGAUAGAUAUACAAAAGCAAGAUUGCACGAGAAAUACCCCAUGCUGAGUAAAUUGUUGCAUGUACUAGAACGGGCCGCAACGGUCCCGGACUCAACUCAAGCCAACGCAGUCGACGUCGAUGAUCAGUUCAAGAGUUUCGUCUCCAAGAAAAAGCGCAGAAAUAAGAAGGUUUUCAAAGAACCUGUUAUAGAUUACGAUUCUGUGAAGUCAUAUUUCAAUAACUGCAGUAUAAUAACAGACUUCCAAGCGGGCGCUCUCUUGCGGGACCAGCCCUGGAUCAACUCCUUCUCGGACUUGACGUUUCAUCAUAUUGCAAGCCCCCCCGAACAGUUAACUUAG